AAUUUCUCACCAAUAUUAGCCUUUUCUGCAUUUACCAUUGAAGCUUCCUGCAAUGUCACUGGAACUUCAUAGGGAAGCCACCUCUGAUGAUUUAUUAUAAGCUCAGUAUAUAAUACAUGCAUAUAUUAUUGUUCAGUUUCAUUAUCGAGAUGUUUAAUAACAAAUUUGGAUUGCCAAACUCGCCGGAAAGCGGCUGUGCCGGUCGAACCAAGUUCGAGUUCCCUGAUGCUUAUUUUGAUGGUUGGCUGCAUGAGGGUUAUAGAGGAGCUAUGAUCUCAGGGACAAUUGAGAAUCCUUUUAAUCAAGCCAAUGAAUUGUUUGAUGAAUUUGCUUGCAAUGGCAGCCUACUUAUUCCAGCCCCAGAUGAUAACAGAGAAAGUGAAACUGUGGGAGAGAUGUCGGAAUUCAAAGAAAGAUAUGCAUUCAAGACCAAGUCUGAGAUUGAAAUACUGGAUGAUGGGUACAGGUGGAGGAAAUAUGGGAAGAAAAUGGUGAAGAACAGCCCAAAUCCAAGGAUGCCCUGUGAAGAAAAGAGUUGAAAGAGAUGGAGAGGAUCCAAGUUAUGUCAUUACAACUUAUGAGGGGAUCCAUAAUCACCAAAGUGUUUCUUGAAUCAGUGGUUUUGUUUUUGACCACUACCUAAGUCCGGCAGAAGGGCCAACAUCGACGAUCACAUCAGCUGCAUGAUACUUGAGUCAUGCAUUAUGAUUAAGAAACAUAAAGAUGAUAUCGGAAAGGCGGAGGUCGGUUUUAUUCAUGUAUGCAUCUUUAAAUUUGGCCAACUUUAUUUUGUUCUUGUUUUGGUUAUGUACAUAAUUUGUUGGCUGGUAGAACCCUGAGUUUCAACUGAUGUCUUACAACUCAGGGUACUUACUGAGGUUUUAACUGUUUGAUCCAGUUUUGUUUAAGAGUAAACGAGUAUCGUAUACAUACAUGUAUAUAUAUAUCCAUCACUCGUGUUUGAGUAUGUGUCGAGAACAAUCAUGCCUUCCUUUCAUAGGCAAAAAAGUA